UUGCCAUGGUACAGCGUCGGCGGUGGACUGGAGCAAACCUCAAGGCGUGGACCUGAAAAAAUAGCAUCUGAACGCCUCUGGUUGUCAGGGUAUCUCCAUCUUAGUUUAACUGUGGAUAAUUACAGGACGGCGCGUUUCAGAAAUGACUGUUUGUAUCCAAAAAGGGCGGACGUCUGUGCCAUCGCUGCUUAUAUCAAACGGUAGCUAAGUUAUCUUAAGUUCAUGCUAGCUUGCUAGUAGUUGAAGCUAUGUGGCUAACAUUAGCUUUUCGAUUCUAAACAGGAAACCGUUCAUUGCUGGAAAAUUUUCGCAAACCAGACAGAUGCAGCAAGAUUUAAAGAGUGAAAACGGAAUACAAGCAGAGAGCCUGUGACUUGGCUGCGUCGACUCUUUCAGCUGUUAGCGUUAUUAGGAGCUUCCAGGGACACUAAACACCAUGAAGCAGAAGAUGUGAAGGAUUAUGUCAGCAGAGAUGAUGAGCAUAUAAUGUAAACUAACCUAUGAGUGACAACAUGGAAUCGGAAAACAUAGCUGACCCGUAUGAAGACAACCGGGAUCGAAGUCGUCAGUCACACCGGAGUACAAAGAAGGAUUCCCGAGCGUCGUCUUCCCAAAAACACAAAAAGAAGUUCCGGGACAAGAUCCAUGACGAGGGUGAAAAAGAAGGCUGUGUUGACAGUAGAUCGAAAACCCGAACUUGGCGUUCAGAUCCAGACCGGGACCAGAUAUCAGAUGGAGAGAGACGAAGAAGUAGUGGGUCGUUUUACUCGGAGGACUAUGAGAAUGAUUCACCCUCAGAGGGCUCGCUCACACCGUACUCCCAGUCCCGGACUCCAUCGCCUACCCUUCACAGAGGGGUGCGGGCAAAGAGGAUUUCUAACAGCCCCUUCUACAAGACAGGUGGUGUGGGGCGCCGAGGUGUGUCUCGCCCACAGCGUUUAGGUGGCCAGCCUCUGACCCAGCAGCAUCGCAAGGGAGUGCGCUCACAAAGCAAGGAGUCCACCCCCCCUAAAGAUCUGGACCUGGUGACCAAGAGGAUGCUUUCGGCCCGCCUACUAAAGAUCAAUGAACUGCGUAACUCCCUUGCUGAGCUGCAGCAGCGCACCGAUGAGCUGCAGAAGGAAAAUCGAAUUCUCAGACAGCUUCAGGUACGCCAAGAGAAAGCCCUGCAGCGCUACGAUGACACAGAGAGCGAGAUUUCCCAGCUGCUCGUGCGCCACAACAACGAGACCCACGUGCUGCGCGAGCGGCUCAGGCGCACUCAGGAGCGGGAACGGGUAGCCGAGAGGCAGAUGAAGGACAGCGAGGAGCAGCUGCAAAGGAGUCGGGCAACCAUCGCGCGACUGAAGAAGCUUGUAGACCAGCGAGAGUUGGGAGCUAGAGACGAGCUGAGCCGCAGGCUGGAGGAAGAGAAGACGCGGGCUCAGGAGGCAGAACGAAAGAUUAAGGAGCUGGAGCGCAGCAUGGAGCUGAGCAACAGCAGUUACCAGAGGCAGCUGGCUGCAGAGAGGAAGAAGACAAUCAGUGCCCAGGAGGAGAUCAGGACUCUGCAGGAAGAGCUGGAACGACUGACCAAUAAACUCAAGGAGAAGGAGAGAGAGCUGGACGCUAGGAACAUCUACGCCAACCGCAUGAUGAAACCCCCAGUUAGAAAAGAUGUUGACAGUGGCACAAAGCGGAAAGUCCCCAGCAGGAGCAGCACCAAGGCGGUGCAGGCUAAAGACAGGGCGUCUAGUCUGGAUUUCCCCACACCUCCCCCUGCCAUCACCGAUGCCAACGAGUACAGCGAACAGGCACCUGACGAAUACCUAUCACUCAAGCAGGAGCUCGACAGCGCGGACAGACAUGCAGAGACAGAGGACAGACAUCAAAAGUGGGAACAGCAGAAGAUGAGAGAUGGAGAAAAGGAGAAGGAGUUGGUGAAGGAGAAAGAGAGAGAGCAGGACAAAGAGGAGAAACAGCAAAUCAGCCAGGAGCUUAAUGCCCUUGAGGAGAAGGCAAAGACACUAAGAGAUGGCUGGGAGAAAAAGAAAGAGGAAGAAGACAGAAAGAAGACAAGUCCCCUGUUCGACCGGGAGGAAGAGAACAACAGGAAGCGUGGCCAUGUCCAGGAAGAGGUGGAGAGGUGGAACCAGGAGGUUCUGGCCAAUCAGCAAGCAGCAGCGGAAGCACGUCGUAAAAAAGACCAGCUGCUGGCUAAGAUGCGUGAAAUAGACCAUCAAGACCACAGAGCCCAGGAUGCCGUCUUCUCUGAGUCUAGUCCCUCUGAGUCCAAUAAGGCUGCCAGUAACCAUUAUUCUCCUCGUCCUCCUGAGCAGAGGAACCAUAACUCUUCCAUUUUUAACCUCACAGAAUCAGAGGAUUCGGCCAGUUUGCGCACCGGUGCUGGAAGCAGGGACGGCGGAAGGAGAAGAUCAGGCAUAGAGGGCGGAGCUGCUUUACCAGGAAUGGGGAGGCGAGGGCUACGGCCUCAAAUCUCCAACGACGACUUGGCAUUCGGAAGCUAUGCGCCUUCUUUCGGACAUUCGGCUUCUCGAGGCUCCUCAGGCUUCCCUCCACCUCCACCUCCACCCAAAGAGGACAGGGACUCUGCGUUAGAAGCUAUAGGUAUCUUUAGUCUCAGAGGGACGGAGACAGAGAAAGAAAAGGAGACAGAAAGAGCAGGGAAGGACAGGAAGUCUAGCCUCAUGCAGCAGCUAUUUGGCGCCGUGGCAACACCUGCUGGUGACAGCGUGAGCACCUCCAAUAAAAUGGAGGUCCUCAACAGUCCUCCAACGACAAAUGGAGUGCGUUCAAGAAGGGACGGACUGCUCAGCUUCAACUCAGGAUCCAACACGCCUCCAGCGUCCUCCCUCAACACUGUGCACAUCGCAGAUAGCAGGCCUGCCGUCCGUGCCAUCACAUCAUUCGAUGAUGACAUAGAGGAACUUACUUUAUGAAGAUAAUUUAGAUAAUACUAUCUGGCUCAUUUAACUUGUGUGACUGUUUAUGUUUUAUGUAGGACAUUUCUAAUUUAAUGUGAUCUUCAAGGAUUCAGGUGCAUGUGCGUAGACACAUGGAUGACAAAGAUAGUGUUUCUAAACUGGUGUUAUAGGAUUUUGACCCUUUGCACUUCCUAGUGUCGUGGAGACGGUGGCUUUUACUGGUAGUUUAUGUAACCAGCAGAAGGAUAGCAGCGCCACAACACACAGAAUCCCUAUGUGUUUCCAAUUCUAAAAAGUAAGCAGUACAAUCACAAGGCAGUGGCGCCCCCAACUGAAGGCCAGGGAUGGACCAUGGCUACCUUGAUACAAAAGCUGUGGAAGGCUCAUUUUUACGCUAGCAUUAAGGUACUGGUAUCUUCAACCUAAGACAUCCAUUGGUACCAACUAUGUCGGCAAACCUUGUUGGGAAGGAGGCCAAAUAAUGCUCCAAAGGGAGGCAAAAUUUUGGCGAGGGAACAACUGGCAUGGCCACUUCACCCAAGAGUCUCCAUGUAACUUGUGAAGGCUUGUUCCCAGUUCAAUGUUUUGUUAGCUCCAUAUUGACUUAGCUUCCAACUAGUCUAUGUACCUCAACAGUAUUAUGGAAUUCCUGAAAUUAACUGGUUUUGGUGUGGCACGCCAAGCUUUUCAGUGGCCCCAUCUGGCCUCGUCUACGUGGGGCGCCACUGACAUGAUGAAACAGACCUUGGUUGCAAAUCACAUUUCUUUUGUCUCUCAUUGUCUUUUAUUUGGACAAAUUUUAUCCCACAAAAUUUGGGCAGAAUGUUUGUGUUAUUAUAGAAUCCAUGCCGUAAGAACGUACCACUAAGCAACAUGACAAUCACAGUAUAUUUAGACUGCUUGCUGAGUGUCUCACAACUAUUUAAAACGGGUUAUUUCACAACUUUCACAACAAAAUGUCAGUUUUAAGUAAGGCAAGGCAAGGCAAGGCAAGUUUAUUUGUAUAGCACAAUUCAACACAAGGUAAUUCAAAGUGCUUUACAGAGACAUUAAAAGCAACAAGACACAAUUUAAAACAAUAAAAACAGUCGAUUAAAAAGGGAAAUAGAAAUUGAGAAAAUACAGUAACAUAAAAUAAAAACAGGCUCAAUACAUUGAACAGUCAGGAUAAGAAAAGAAGUAGAAUAAUAAAAGGCAUAAAUCAGCAGUGUGUAGUUAAAAAGUACGGGCAGUAGAAUACAGCAGGUAGGUGAUUAAUCUAAGAGUACGCUUCAGUAAACAGUAGUGUUUUUAGCCCUGAUUUAAAGGAGCUGACAUUUUGAGCAAACCUCAGAUCUACAGGAAGUUUGUUCCACAGGUGAGGAGCAUAAUAACUGAAUGCUGCCUCACCUUGCUUGGUUCUUGUUCUUGGAACACACAACAAACCUGUUCCAGAUGACCUAAGGGGUCUGAAGUAGGUUUGUAUCUUUGAAUAUUAUAUUGAUACUGAUUAAAUGUCCCGGUACAAGGAAAGUUUUGCUGAAUUGGGAAGCACAUAAGAGAUGAUGCUGAGUUAGCACACACCUUAAGGUGCAACCUAGACACAUCGUCCGUGAUGUAACCUGGGGUCAUCGUCCAGGCGACCCAGCCAGGGUUGAUCAGACCACAGCCUGUCUGACUUCUUGUGUGAUCCACAGCUCGCCCCUUUUGAUCCACAGCCAUCUUGAUGCCCUUUAAGCAGCAUCAGUGAUGGUCCUUAUGGCUCUCAUGCUGUGCAGUUCUCUGAUCCCCAGCAACUUGAGGGCUAUGUAGAGCGACUGGCUGGCAAAUCCCACAUCGGGUCUUCUGUCCCCUGCUUCGGCAUUCACCUGUGAGCUCCUCAUGCUUGGCCUUCUUCUGUUCAAACGCCUCCUCCAGGGCACAGUCGAUUCCAGCAGCACCACCUGCCUUGAACAUGAAGGAGUACAUGAACCAUGUCAGGCCUGAGCGUUGUCACAGCUAUGGUGUCUGUAUUUGAAUUUUAAGAGCUACUGAAUACUUAAUAUUAAAAUUUAACUGAAGUCAUAGAAUUGAAAUAAUUUACUUUGUAAACUAUGUCUUUAAAACACUCAUCAAAACACACUUUAAAGGCCUUUUUUUCACAGUAAAUCUUUUCUGUGUGUAGUUUCUAUCCUUUUAUCAAUUUCAUUAUUUAUUUAUUUUUAUUACACACUGUUUUAUUUGGUAUUAGCCUAUGCUCAAUAUUUUUAGUGCCGUUUUUAUUUUGAUGCUGUCUUUGUCUCAUAAAGCACUUUGUAACUGUUUUGAAAAGUGCUAUACAAAUAACGUUUAUUAUUAUUAUUAUUAGUUAUUAAUGUUUUGAAUUCACCUCUUUGAAAAUGAAAGGAAAUUUCUUGAUUUGCAGUUUAAAUUUGAAAAUUCAAGUUGAUAUUUUCAAAUAGCUAUUGAAGAACGUUAAAUAGGUAUUUGAAAUAUUUUAAGUUUUUGACUUGAGUUUUUGGAUCUUUUUUAUUCAGAAACUUUUUUGGGGUCUGAAUCUGUGGACAUAAAAAAUACAUACAAACACAGCUUUUGCAAAUAAAAAUCAUUUUAAUUUCAAGGAGGAGGUGCAUUCACAACAAAUGAAUUCAGAUGCAAAGUAAAAUAUUUCAGUGCUAUGAAUCCAGUGGUGCUUAAUUGUCCGUAUUGAGUAUUCAGUGGCUGUUCAAAUUCAAUCACUUAAUGUCUCUUAUUUGCUUCCAUAUUCGAAGGCUAGUGUAGUUGCGUCACAUUAAAUCAGUGAAUUGAAUGUUGUGUUUUAACAAAAAGAUAUUACAGGACAUAUUGUAAAACAGUAAAAUAUUAGUAUUUAACUACAUAGGCUGUGUUACCUUCAUUAUAAGGCUCAAAUAUGUUUUCUGCUUUUUUGAAUAUUGUUUUUGGUCAUAAAUGUCUCUUUUGAUCAUAAAAGUGUCUGACCCCUGCCCCAGUAUGCUCCCAGGCUCUCCUCCCCAGCACCAUGUCUAAUGUGAUGGCAGCACUACACUCCUGCAGACAAUCAGCUAAAGCUACAAGCUACAUUGAAGUGUUUUUAUCUGUAUUUAUUUAUUGACUUUAUAGACUUUUUAUGCGACUUACAACUCCUAAUGUGGCACAACUUUAUAAUAACCACACUGUGCCAGUAAGCUGUAAAAUUAAUACUUGUGUAUUUUUCCACAUAUGUCCACUUUGACACGUUUUUAAAGAGCUCUUUGUAUUUAUCCUGUCAGAAUUUAUUAUAUCAGUCACUUUCAUAAGGAUCAUUUGAAAACUUUGUGGUUAAUCAGUCUAUUUAUGUGUCCAGUUUUUCACAUUUUGUACUUCCGGUCCAGUUAUGAAUAAAAAGUGUAUCUGUGGUAUCUUGUUGGAUGAAAAUAAAUAAUA